AUGUCGUUUCAUACGAAAUCAAUAGAACGUAUCCUCAGCCCAGUUGCUCAACAGGUUUUAAAGCUAAUAUUGCUGUUUGAGGAUGCUGGAUCAGGUACAGAGAUUCCUGAUCUGGAAUUUCGCGUAAAUGUUGUAAAACUUGCAGUUGAGAACCUUAUAAAGGUUGGUCACCAAACAAUCGAGGCUAGUGAUGACCAGCUGCUACAGAGAGAUAUGCCGCCUUCACUCAAGCGUGUUGAAGAUGCAUCUUUUUAUCUUCAGGAUGCUGUCGUACUGUUGCAAAACGACCCGAACUCUUCAGAAGCACGAAGAAAACUGAUCGAAGGAUCUAGAGGUAUACUACAGGGAACAUCAUCUGUGCUUCUUACCUUUGAUAUGUCUGAAGUACGAAAAAUCAUCAGACACUGCAGACGAGUACUUAGUGUCCUAGCCACUGCGGAACAUGUUUCAAGUCUCACUGGUCUGGCUGAUUUUGUUAAGCGACUAACCCCUUGUAUGGCGGAUAUGAUUAAAGAAGUAGACAAUCGACAGGAAGAAUUGACUAUUCAGUCUCACUCUGCCCUGCUUCUCAGGGGUAUAGAACAAGUGAAACGUCUUACGCCUAUUUUAAUAUCGUCUUUGAAACUGCACGUAAAUACGCAUCAAAAUCAUCUACCUGGAGCUGCUGAAAGUCAAGCAAACCGAGACUUCUUGUUGUCUGAAAUGUCCAGUGAAAUACAUGAAAUUAUACGUGGCUUACAGCUUACCGAAACGGAUUCAUCAGAGUUAUUCGAUGAUGACUUAGCGGCUAUGCAUAUGAAUAAAGCAGCUUUUGAUAGCCGUCUACAGUUUGUCAGUGACUGGAUUUCUGAUUCGAAUUGUUCCGUUGCAAUGACAGCUGGUGAGAAAGCACUGAAUCAAGUUUUGAAUUCAGCAAGAAAUUUAGCCAAUUUAAAUCAAACAAGUUCAAAUAGUAAAGCAAUAAUCCAUUUAUGCGAUGAAUUAAACGAUUAUGCACAGUCACUUAUUCACUUACGAAGAAGUGGUCAUGGUAAUGGAUCAGAAGCAAGUCAUAUUGCCAAUACACUUAGUACAAAAUUAAAUCAAUUAUCUAGAUUAUGUAAAGAUUUAUCAUUACGUGAUCAUAAUGGUGGCGGCGUUGGUGAUCAACAGCAUAACACAUGUAAUCCAUUAUUUCGUUUGGCUAGAACACUUGAAGGCAAACUAGUUCAGGCUCAACGUUGGCUAGCUGAUCCUCGUGGUCCAUUACGUCAUGUUGGCUUAGAAGCAUGUCGUUCAUUAGCUCAAGGUGCAAGAAGUAUUAUAAUGUCAUCUGAUAGUAAUGAUGUUUCUGCCAAUAGCAAUAAAAUAAGUGCUAACAGUAGUCCGUCUGAAGACAAGGGAACCAAUGAUGCUUGUUUAGAAUCAUGUGAACAUGUCGAGAGAGUUUCUGACAAACUUUUUGCAAUAUCUUCUCAACCAUUAACGGCAGAAAAUGAAAUCAGUCAACAAGAUUUAGCAAUGGCUAUCAGUCGUAGUUUAGCGUAUAUAUGGCAAACAUUAGAGAAAUUAUUAACAAGACAAAUUGCUGAAGUCUACACAGAUCUUGUUGGACCAUUACGUCAAUUAGUAGAAUCUGCAUCUCCAUCAUCUGGUAAUUUACCAGAUCAAAAUGAUUACAAUGUGAAAAUGAAAGAAUUUCUAACGCAAUCUACAAAAUUAUCCGAUGUAUGGCGUUCUGAUGCAUUACGUUGUUUAACUAGUCAACUUAAUGAAUUAGGUGCACAAGUUGUAUUAGCUGGUCGUGCAGUUAUCCUAUCAGCUGAUCCAAAUUUACAAUUACAACCUGGUGGAGCUAGUUUGAAACAAGCCACGUCAGACCAUUUUCUUAUGAUGCGUCAACAUUGGACAGAUACUGCUGAACGUAUGAGAGCAUUAGUUGAUGAAGCUGUUGAUGCUAAUGCAUUCAUAGCUGCUCAAGAGAUUGGAAUGUUACGUGAUUCGGCCAGAACAGAAAAUAGUAUUGCUGCAAUAUCAACAACUGGUGUAGUUGAAUCUACAACACGUAUUGCACGACGAGCAAAUCGUGUACUUCAAUUAAUCACACGAGAAGCAGAUAAUAGCGAAGAUCCAUUGUAUGUUGACCGAAUGAACGAUGCUGUGAAAGCUUUACGAUCAACUAUCACACCAAUGGUGAAUGAUGCUAAAGGUUUAGUAACAAAUAUUGAAGAUCCACGUAUGCAUGAUCAAUGGCGUUUAUCAAAUCGUAAUUUAUUAACUGCUGUUAAUUCAGUAAAGCAAGCUGUUAGUCCAUCAUUUAAUAAUCCUAUUAAUUAUUAUCAUGAACAUUAUCGUCCAAUAUCUUAUAGUAGUAAUAGCUGUAAUAAUAUACAUAACAAUAAUAAUAAUAACAAUAGUGUCUCAUCAUCUAAAUCAUCACAAGCUUCUAUUAAAGAGACAACAUCUUCAAUUCCUCUUCGAGAAAUGCAAGAAAUAUCAAUUACAGUUUUAUAGGCAUUCAGUAAACCAGAGAGAAAUGCUACGCAGUAUACCCGGUCGUUCAUUUUCAAAUGAGAUAUCUCAUCAACGCAAACGCAACAAGUGAUUUAUAAAUUGUCUUAUAUUUCAAGUAUCAGUUCAUUACGUUCCUUUUAUAAUGAAAUUAUUUGAUAGUUAACUAUUCAUAUCGUAUUCAUGGUGUAUGAUAUCGAUGUGACAUACAUUUCAUACUAAAUCUCGGUGUCUAUUGUACUUUAUUUUAAAGUGAAUAGUAUCUAUAUUUUUCUCCAUCCAUUUUCAUUUCAUUUCUUUGCUACUCUCUAGAUGUUUCUCAUAUACCAUAUUC